AUGCCUGCCUCAGCUACAGGAUUCGGGAACUUUUUCCUGGACAGGACUUUUCCUUUGGCCGCGGGCUACCAGCCCCUGCUGCCCGGCCAUUUCCCUCCCGUGGGCGGCUACAGCUUCAUCCCGCUGCCUCACCCUGGACACAUAGCGCACAUGGCUGGCUCAUAUGACCUGAAGGCCGCUGCACCGUACCCCCAGGCUCUCCUGGCUCGGGCUGCGCCAUACUACCCCCAGUACCGGCCUGCGGUGGCUGCUCACGACCCCAGCCGGGUGGCCAAGGCGGCCAGCAGGGAGAGCACUGGAGCUCUGAAGGCCUGGCUGAGCGAGCACCUGAAGAACCCCUAUCCCACCAAGGGCGAGAAGAUCAUGCUGGCCAUCGUCACCAAAAUGAGCCUGACCCAGGUCUCCACAUGGUUCGCUAAUGCCAGGAGGAGACUCAAGAAGGAGAACAGAGUGAGCUGGGCGUGCAAGGGCAAGAGUGAUGAGGAGGAGGAGGAGGGCGAAAGCGAGGAAGAAGGUUCUUCUCCACAGAAAGAGCCAUGUUCGGAAGAUGAAGCUGAAAUUGAGCCUCAGGUUGUGGAUGUGGAGGGCGAUUGCGUUGGAGAUGAAGAAAGUUCCAAGCCAGAGGAACCGAGCCUGAGAGACACUUCCAGCACUGUGGCUGAGAAGAAGAGCAAGGAAGAGUGCGUAUCAGCCAACGAGCAGUGUAAAGACAGUGUUGAGGUCCAGAAACCCAAAAUUUGGUCCCUGGCAGAAACGGCAACUUCAGAACCAGUGGUGAAGUCCACUGACGUCAAAGUAUAUCCCAGCAAUGGGCCAGACUUUGGCCAGUGGUGGGCAAACUGGGCAUCAAGGAGUGGCUAUUUACCUGCUGGAUACUCUGCGCAGGACUUCCUACAACAGAGUCGAUUGCACUGUUAAUCCAUGCAGGACUGUUUUUCUUUUUCAUUUUUUUGCACUUUGAGCCGUCAAUUCCAGCGAAUGGACAUGAACUGUGCUGGUGAUGAAGUUUACAGUGAUGCUUCUAUCCAAAUACCUGGUUCACAAACCAAAGGAGUUGGAGAUGUAUGUUGUAAAUAGGUGUAAAUUCUAUUUUGUUGUACACAUUGUAAAUUAUAAAUGCUUUUACAUGAGUAUGUUGAAUUAUUUUUUGCUAAAAUAAAACACUUGAAAAUUGAAAACCAAAACGGACUACUGGUCAUGCUAGGACAAGAAAUGAUAUGGAAAUCCUAGGUGUUUAACAAUA